AUGGGAAACAACAGUUCCCACAAGAGGACCAAAGUGCCCAAGCAGGCCCGCAAGGAGAGGCCACCUGACAUGGACAAGGCCUGGCGGAAACAGCAGUUCUUCAACCACCUCAAGUGGAGAAAGCCGAGUACCAAGAUCGUGCUGCUUUUCCCCCUGGACAAGCGGCAGCAGCUAGCCGAGGCGACGGCGGGCCCCGGCGCGCGGUCCGGGCGGCCGGGUGAGGACGCGGCGGACGCCCCCUUGUGCUCCCAGGCGGCGGCGCCCACGCUGCAAGGUGCGGGCGACGGCGCUGAGCGGCGCGAGAGCGCGCGUGGGCGCGAAACGAAGACGAUCCUAGUCAAGCUGCUGCUGCUGGAUGCACGGCUGCAGCAGGAGGAGCGCCGCGUGCCGGGUGGGCCCAGGGGCGGGCCCGGCGCGGGGGUCGGGGCCAAGGCCGCGCAUGGCUGGCAGUGGCUCAUCGCCCGGGAGAAAGCCGAGUGUGAGUCCCAGGGGGGCAAGGGGCAGAUGCAGUUCGGGGGACCUGGACAGGUGGACAGGAGAGGAUGCUGGGGCUCUAGGCCUUGUGGGGCAUGGAAGGGGUUAGAGAACCCCUUCUGCGGAUGA